AAAACCUUUUAGUUUUUCUUGGGCUACAGCAAGUAUUCAACGUCAGUAAAACAUUAACAAUAUGAUUAGUCAUUUUAGUGUGAUUCUUUUGUGUUUUUCCGGCGCAUAUGGCAUAUUGUCAAAGAUUGACAAUUUAGAUUUGGAAGGACUAAAACGAGUUUUGAACAAUGAAACUCCCAUUGACGAAUGGAACACAGCAAUGGGCGAAACUGUAUCUUACAAACGUCCCAACGGCGAAGAAAUCAUUGUUAACGUUAGGGAGGCUGUGCGCAACUUUAAGCAAAAUGCUGACAACAGUUCUGAGGCGGAAUUUUUAGAGAUCCGCGACAUAAUCAAAUUGGCUUAUGAGUGCACGUUAACGAAAUACGCGAGUUUCACCACUUUUUUGAUUGUUCAGGACUUGUUGGAGUUCAAAAAGAACACUUUGGCAGCCAUACGAGAUACGCAACUAAAUGAGCCGGAUUUCGAUCUUAACAACAUAUUUAAUAAUUCACAUUUUAAACUUAUGCACGGAGUCCAUAAUCUUGGGAAAUCUUACUUGGACUUUGAUUUUAAAAUUAAUGGCAGCUUUAAAUAUUUCAACAAUCACACAUUUUAUGGAUCCGCACAGAAGAAUAUCCACCUUAUUUGGGAAGAAAUCAUUCUAAAGACGAUCGGUUUAAAAAUCAAGUACAAACUCUAUACCGAUGUAAUGCGUACGAAAUUUACAAACGAAUAUUACCAACCGCUUGUUGACACUCUCAAUGAACUUAUUUGUGUUCUCAAUGAAACUGUCCGCUUGUUCGACAAUUCUAUCGUGGGCAAGUGCAUAAGACAAGACGACAGUUUUGUGGGUAAUUUUCGAUCAUUAAAAAAGGGAUUCAUCAACGCCAAAAUUCCUUUAGUUUUAAAGCACUUUGAUGGAUUGCAAGGCGAUAAUCGAAAGGUGUUGGUUAGUGAUUUUACACAAUCGAGAACGGAAACAUCGUCCGCAAUUGCCGCAAUAGAGGCUUCUGGUUGCUUCGUAGAGGAUGCCGAAUUCGAGAUUUCUGGUAUAAAAACGGUUUUGCCAAAUAAUAGAAAUCCAGCGGACAUUUAUGGCACUAACUUCAACGCAUGCCCAUCCGUAUUUAAAACGAAAGUUGUAGAAAGUGACCAUGAAGUGCAAGAUUAUGAUAUAGCAAUAGGUUUGCUGCAGAUUCGAGAUGCAGCACGUUUAAACGACUUUUAACGUGAACUCAGAAGAAAUCCCAACUGAGACCAAUGCGAUUCGUGGACAAGAAUUUAAUAAGACCCUAAAGACCAACACGAUGAAAAUGGGAUCUGAUAUCAAAAACAUAUAUUUAAAAUAAUAAUCACAUAUAUAAUCUAAUGUUAACAUUUAUUACAGUAACUAUUGUACAAUAAACCUACUUUGCAAAUUAUAA